AUGCCGCUAGGGUCUGAGCUCUUCUCAGUUCCUAUGAUGGUUAUAAAGGGACUCGACGGUAUUAUCCAGGACGGCAGUCUGCCGCCGCAGAGCAGAGACUGCAUCUCUUCGGCGCCGGCCUCGGUCCCGUUCCCCGAUGUAUACGUCCCCCCUGAAGGGGUGAGGCCGGGGGACAGGGUGCCCGUGUUGCACAACUUCCACGGCAGCGCAUAUGCGUUUAGCAGCAAGGACAUUUUCUUCAGCCCCAUGGGCCUGUUCGACUUAAUGCACAGGCAGAAUAAAACCAAAUUCGUCGCCGUUGCCAACAACUACAGGUCAGUGCUCCUUCUCCUCCUCCUUCUCCUCCUCCUGCUGCUCCUCUUCCUCUGUGGCACGAAUGGGAAUACCGGGGUUACCUGGGCCGACGGGGAGGAUCUCGACGGCAACGUCGGGAUGCUGGACUGUCUCGCGGCAGCCGAGUGGACGGCGGCGCACAUCCACAAGUGUGGAGGCGAUAGGAAGCGCGUCACGAUCCUGGGGCAGAGCGCCGGUGCCGGCAUUAUCUACUACCUGACUGUGCUCGACGGCGGUAGGGGGCAGACGUCGGUCAGCAACCCGGAGCUGGCUUUUGCCUUCGAAGCGAAGCUGCUGGCAUUGGUGCUGGGCGAGGACAUGGCGUGGCCGACGUACGGUAAGGACAAGCGUAUGUACAACAUCACGAACACGUUCGAGGCGACGACCAUGCCGCCCAAACUGCGCCACCGGUGCGAACUCCUCAGCCGGUUUGUGCUCGACCCAGCCAACGGCGCAUGA